UCUAUCCCCUCACUCUCACCCAGACACUCAGUUCAUAUGUGUCUCUUGUGUCUAACAGCAGACAUGUCUACAGGAGGAGUACACCGUGGCUUCCUCAGAAAAUAUGGUGGUUUCAAGCUGUUUAAGCAGUGGAAAGAGCGCUACCUGGUGCUGACAGUAGAAGGCAGUCUGAGGGUGUGUCGCGAUGCAGAGAGUCCUCCUGACCAGGUGGUGGCACUGCAGUGGAACUGUGAGGCCAUCGUAGAGGGCAGGGAGAUCCUGGACCUACCCCGGCUUCCCCCAGGGGGAAGGAGAGACUGCUGCUUCGCCCUCAUCCUGCCCCAGGAAAAGUUCCUGUUACUACUGGCUGACAGCCCAGAGGACUGCAGUCUCUGGCUGAAGUUGAUCAGGAAAGUGAGAGAGGGUGUGAUGUCAACGCUCGUCCUGCAGAGACAGCAGAGUCUGACCCCGAGCCUCACCGCCCACAUCACAGACAGAGACCCCCAACCUGACACUCCCAUCGACAGGGACACUGCCUCGCCACGGGCGACAGUGAGCACCUCGACCCCCACCGCCACCCCGACUGGCACCCCGACCGUCACCCCCACCACCACGCCCUCAGCCUCCCGGGCCGGGUCCUUCAGAGACAACAGCCUGGGCAAAGCCUCCGGCCUGCAGGAUCUGGGCCCGCUGGGCCACGGUGGAGGGGUGGGGAGCUUCUCAGAGAUGGGAGGGGGGUCGGGUGGGUCCUUCCAUUGUAGUCAGGACGUAGACAACCCCCCACAAUUCAACAGCUUCGACUUCGAGGGAGGAGACUCCGACUUUGAUGCCUUUGAUUGCGGAGGGUUUGCUUUUUAA